CUAGCUGCUGAAUUUAGGCAGCCAAACCGGGCUGCGCCAUUGUAUGAGACGGACGGGAUAUACGCAUUUUUUCACGUUAAGAGGCCUUUUGGGCUUCCGGAAGCGACUUGGAGUUAAACAUUAGAGUGUCUACUAUACAAUGACAAUCAUAUUGUUCCUCGUAGACACUAGUGCGUCUAUGAAUCAACGCACUUACUUGGGAACAUCUCUGAUCGACAUUGCUAAGGGUUCAGUUGAGAAUUUUAUGAAGAUCCGUGGUCGUGACCCAAACAGUCGUUGGGACAGGUACAUGCUCUUGACUUUGGAUCAUCCCCCGUCAAACAUCAAGGCUGGCUGGAAAGAGAGUCAUGCAACAUUUACCUCAGAGUUGAAAAAUCUUAGCGCAGGAGGUGUGACAACGCUUGGCAAUGCCUUGAAGAGCUGUUUUGAUCUGCUCAAUGUGAACAGAAUGCAGUCUGGAAUCGACACUUAUGGACAGGGUAGAUGUCCACACUUUCUUGAGCCAGCUGUGAUAAUCGUUCUGACAGAUAGCGGCAAACUAACUGCGUCUACUGGUGUUCAGCCGGAGUUGAACAUCCCUAUGAACACAUCUUGUGUACCUGGCCAUGAACUAACGAAAGAGCCAUUCCGAUGGGACCAGAGGAUAUUUGGGCUGGUGAUGCGGAUCCCUGGAAGUGUGCCAAUAGAUCUGAGUUGUAACACAUUCAUUCCUCCAGCCGAUAACCAUCCUGUAGACAUCAUGUGUGAAGUCACUGGAGGUCGGUCAUAUGCAGUUUAUAACCAGAAGAUGCUAAAUGCUGCCAUAGACAGCCUCGUAUCGAAAGUCCAGAAUGGCGUUGUCAUACAGUUUGAAAAGAUUGGGCCUGACCCACCUCCACUGCUCCCUGAUGGAAUAAAGAUGGAAAAUGGCCUUAGUAUUGAUAUGAAAGAAAACUUAAGCAUGAAUGGCCAGAUAGUGAAGAUGGAAGAUGAGGUUAUCAAGGUGGCACCCACUGCCCCGCUCCCCUCCCAGUUGCCCGGGAACACAAGCUGGCAUAACCUGCGCAGGCUUGUCAUGGUACCCAGGUCUGCACAGAAAGGCUACUCUGUUGGUCAUUGGCCCAUUCCAGAGCCAUUUUGGCCGGAUAAUACCAAUCAAACUUUACCUCCACGUUCAGCGCACCCCAAUGUUCAGUUCUCAUGUGCGCCAUGUGAGCCAUUGGUUAUUGACAACUUGCCGUUUGACAAGUACGAGCUUGAGCCCUCGCCACUAACACAGUUUAUACUAGAGAGACGGCAAGCUAAUGCCUGCUGGCAGGUGUUUAUCAGUAAUAGUGCCAAAUACAGCGAGUUGGGACAUCCGUUUGGCUACCUCAAGGCAAGCAGUACCCUGAGCUCCGUGAACCUGUUUGUGAUGCCUUAUAAUUACCCAGUACUCCUUCCUUUAUUAGAUGAGCUGUUCAAGGUUCACAAGUUGAAGCCAAGUCCUCAGUGGCGACAACGCUUCGACAACUAUUUGAAAACUAUGCCCGGAUACUAUGCACAGCCGUUAAAGCGGGCGCUGGCCAGGAUGGGAGCUCACAACCUGGUACCAGAUAACAUGGACAACUGUCUGUCUUACAGCGUAAUUACCUACCUCAAGAAACUCAAAAACCUGGGCAAGAUGGAGAUGGAUCGUCUUGUGGCCUCUGUUGGCUCCAAGGCUCCACCACACGAGGGUAUCAAGGUCUGCUCCAGAACAAAAACCUCAGUGCUACAGAGGAAGGACUUCAGCCAGCUACUUAAGAAUGUUGGCGGCAAUUUAUCCAGUUUAAAACAGGAGCUGACAGAUUAUAACACCUUCACUAUAGCCGUCCCAGACAAGGACAUUAAGCCCCAACAGUUUAGAAAUCCGUAUGACAUUCCCAGACAGAAUCUCUUAGAUCAGAUAGCGCGGAUGAGAACCAACUUUCUACAGACCGCUUAUAGCAGCAAAACAAAGUUGUCAGAUACAGAUGAGUUGCACAGUGUGCCGAUUGGUCAGAUGGGCAACUACCAGGAAUAUCUGAAGAAGGUAAACCUGGAGUCCCCUGCCCUCCGGCCCCUCGAGAACACGCCCACCAGGGUCCACAUGUUCGGAAACCCUUUCAAGGUCAACAAGAACAUAAUGGUGGAUGAGGCAGAGGAUUCCAUGUUAACAGGCCAGCAGUCGCAGAAGAAGCGGCCCGCCGAGAGCCCGCCAAGCUCGCCAGGGCCAAGCAGGAAACGAAAACCAGGUCCCCUUCCAAAGGACUUCAUAUUAACGCGAAAGAGGCCUCCAGGUAGACUAAAGGAGGAGGAUGGGCCUCCACUGUCACCAAUAUCAGAGAUGUCUGAACCUGAGUCAGAAUCGGAGAGUGAUUUUGAAGUGAAAAUCAAAAUAGAACCAGUGGAGGAAAACCAUAUCAAUGAAAACUCAUAUGACUCAGAAUUGACCAAUCAUAUCAAAGUGGAGGAAAAUGGGCGGAGCAGCCCAGAGUAUUCAACCCAUGAUAUUAAACCGGCUAUAAAUAGAAAGAAUAACAGAGUGAAUAACAAAAAAGACGCCGGGAAUGGAUGGACGGAUAAUUCUCAACUGAGAGCACUCAUUGUUAAGGAGAUCAGGAAACCAGGGAAAAGAUAUGACACAUUGUUUGAACAUAUGAACAGAGUGCAGGGGUCUUUUGAAAUCAGACACGCGUUUGUGCGAGAAAUUAUCCAUGAAGCAGCUAGGUUUAAGAAGAAAUUUCUUAUAGACUUGUUACAACAAUUUGAGACAUCCCUCAUCAAACAUUCCAAGAACAAUAAACACAGAUAAUGUUGGGCUUUCCAUAGAUUUCCCAGCAUUCAUUGUUAUUGUCAUUAUCAUGUCAUCACAAAAUGUGUUCAUUCAUCGAUGACAUCAUCAGUUUCUGUGAUGACAUUUCGUAAUCAUUUUCAUCUUUAUCAUCAAAUACAUCUCACUUGCCCAUGCAACAAAAAUGCAACUGUGAUCUUGUUUGAUUUCUAAGCAAUUCUAUGUAUUUUGUAAUGAUUUGACUGUUAUUUAUGAACACAGUUGUUUUUACAUACAUUGUCUUGGCCGUCAUUAAAACCUUUUUGAUUCACAGUGGUUUCAACAGAUUCACCCAAAAUGUCCUGACUAAAUAAAGCAAUUUAUUCCUUAAGUAGGCAAACAGUCUAAUUAGCUCAUCCGUCAAAGUAAAAGGUCUUGGUAUUUUCAUUUUCAUAUUUUCAUAGUUGUUGACAUAUUUGUGCGAAAAAUGGAACUCGAAAACUGUUAAAAAGAUAUUUAAAUGAAAUUCAACAUAUUCUAUUGAAACUUGGUACACAUUUUGCCAGAGACUGUUAACCAUGGCAUUAAUAAUCAUAGGCUUUCACUUCAUGGUGCUCUUCUUGUGGCAUGUCAGAGUAUUUUCCCACCUAUCUGGUGCACAAGACAACUCAAAAUUGUAGAUUUCACAUCAAAUUUGCAAUUUUCCAAUUUGGGAAAUUUAGAAAAAUGACAAUUGAGUUUGUGUUGGUAUUGUUAAAAUACCAAUCAAAAUGUUCAUUUCCAUUUUCAGGACGUAAGAAAAAUAUAUAUUGGGAUAUAUAUAUAUAGACUAGAUUGCUGUAGGAAAUAGGCCGAUAUUCGUCCCCUACAACAGGGCCGAAAAACCCUGUAUAAUGUUCUCUUGUUGGAUGUUAAUUCACAAAUUGGUCAAAAAAUAUUUAAAUUGACGCUUUGAAACUCUGAUAAAAGUUGAACCACUGCAAACAAACAUGUUUUAUUAGGACGGCCUCCUCUAUUAUGCUUAAUGUGUCAGACUGUGAUAAUGUAAAUAGUUAAGGCAUUGUUUACAUUCAUUGUUUACAUUCAUUGUUUCACCCAUCAGACAUGUGCUUUCCUUGAUCGAAAAUGAACUUUUUAUCAUCACCACAAAUGCUCAAGCUCUAUUUUCUGAUGAGCGUGUUAAUUUUCAAAUCCAUCUAAAAAACACUUGAUUCAAUCUGUCACUUACAUAAUUGCAUGUGUUUAACAUUUUCCAAUACUUUAGGAAAAGUUGUAUUACAUUAACUCGCUAAAUAUACUGUUCAUUUAGAAGUGUUGAAAAGACAAAAUCUUUCUACGGAACCACAAAGGACUGGGCUGAUAUUCACUAAAGUCCUGAGUCUGAGUUCCAGACUCAGGCUCAGAAAAGAAAUUUUUUAAUUGUGUUGUAAAAAUGUAAAUAUAAGAGAAAAAUAUCAGCAUCUGUUACAAAUAAUCUGUUCAACAAUCAGGCACACGCCUGUCAAAAUUAGUCAUAUAGAUAUUUGGAGACAUUUAAGAUUUCAGUUUUCUUAGCCUGAAUCCAACACAGACUCAGGGCGUGAGUUUGAAACUUAACCUCACCAAAGCUUAAAUUAAUUUUGGUGUAAAAAUGCUAAUAUAUGGCUAAGGAUGGUAAUAAAAAUGAUGUAUGUUUUACAAAUAAUCUACAAUAAGGCACACAUCUUGAGACACAAUUAGUUAUAUUAUAGAUAUUUUGAAACAUUUAAGAUAUCAGUUUUCUAAGCUUAUGUCGGCUGAAACUAAUACUAAAGACGUUAGUGAAUACUGCCCUUGGACUUCUCAACAAAUGUUUUCCUUUUUCUUAUGUUUAACCUUAAGGGUUUUAGCUAAUUAUGAGUUAUUUGAGGGUGCUGCACCCUGCCCCUUUUGAAAGCACCCCUCUGCCCUCACGGAACCAGCAUGUGCACCCUUCUGACUUCUUAGAAUUAAAUGCUUAAGGUAAUAAUUGUUUUUUCUUGAAUGUUUAAAAGCUUUUUAUAUGACUAUAUACAUACAAACUUAAUAUAUCUGGCAAUUCGAUAUUUAUAUGAAAAACUACAGAAACAUGUUCAGUAGCCAAAAGUUUAAACAUAAACCCUGUUUAAUGGCACAGUGUAAACGCAGGGUAAAGAUUUAAACCUUAAGCUACUUCAAUAACCAGUAAACACAUUUACAAUUUUUGCAAAAUUUGUAAUAUUCAAGUUUAUCAGACGGAUGAAAUGUGCCCUUUUAACACUUAUCACCCUGUCCCUUUUCUGCAGCACCCUGCCCUUUUCAAAACCUGGCUAAAACCCUAUACUUGUUGGUGGUGUUUAACCUUUAUCACUUGAACUUGAAGUGCUAUAACUUGUGCUAUUUGUAUAAUAAUGCAUGCUCUCUGAACAAAACACUCUGUUUUACCAUGUAUGAGCAGAAAUGUGAUAUCUCAUUUCUCAUUAAUUAUGCGGGAACUUUUGCAGCAUGAGUUGUUCCCAUAGAGCUAUCUAAUGUAAUAAAAUACUUUUAGUGAUCAUCAAAUAAAACGAUAAUAAAGGUCGUUACGGCUUUUCUAUGACACAACUCGUGCUGCGUAUCUUUCUGCAUUUCAUCUUUAUCAUUACAUUGACAGAAUUUUGAAGUUGAUACUAUUUUUGUGUUCACAUUAAUCAGACUGUGAGACUGUUAAAUUAUUAUUACAUUCUUGAAGCAAGCUUGUCAUAGCCUUCAUGAUGUUGCGCAGAAACUUGGUAUAAGGCUCCUUGGGCCCCAUUUCAUUGAAUCGUUUCUAUUUUAGUCAUCGCUUCAAUGACCAAACUGUUUUUUUUCUUUACCGGUACUCAACUUGGUGAUUUAAUGGCUGAAUUUCAGGUUCAACAAAUGUGUGGCAUAAGAAAGAAUAGAGAAUUUUCAAUUUUAAUUUAGAACUAAAAACUUAACAUCCCUGAGUCCUGUUUUAUUGAAGGACAUUUGUCAAAAUUUGAAAAAUUGUGAAUCUCUAGAACACCACAAAUUGCAACAAGUUGAUUUUAUUUCUUUUCCUCAACUUUUUAUUCAUCCUUAAUGUGAGCGUCAGUUUGAUUCGAACGAAAAUAUAACUAAGAUCAUUCUUAAUUAAAUUUAUGACUAAGAUUAACUAAGAAGUGCACAGAAGCACCCCCACCCCCAAUUUUUACUGCCAUACCUCUGGAUAAAAUAUUGGAGUUAUGUCCCCUUGAUCAACUGUAAAUGGACAAGUGUUGGCAGCUAAGGUGUUUUUAAUAGUGCUAUUAAAUCAGAAACUCAAAUUUCAAUAGAAAUGACUUCAAAAUUCUGUUAUACAUGUAUCUUAGGGAAUCUCUGUUAAUAUGUGCAGCUGUUUAAGUUAUUCUUGCAAAAAUAAAACCAAAAAUAUU